AUGCGGAGCUCCCCGCGGCGCGGCCCCGGCUUGGCGCUGCUGCUGCUGCUGCUCACCGCCGCGCAGGCGGCGCUGAAGGUCACCCCCGACGUCAAGCACACCAAGACCAAGCCCCUGCAGCCGGCUGGCCCCGGAGCCUCUGCCCGCCCCCUCGCCCCUCUGGUGGGCAAAAACCCCUUCCCGGCGGCCCCGGGCGGGGCCACCACGCUCUACCCCGAUGAGAACUACACCCUGGACACGGCUGAUUACUACUUCAACUGCUGCGACUGCUGCCCACCCACCGCAGGGCCCCCCGGGCAGCCAGGGGAGCCAGGACCCCCAGGUCCCAAGGGGGAGAAGGGAGAUCCUGGUCGGCAAGGUGUGUCGGGAAGCCCAGGUCCUCAAGGCCCCAAAGGUUCUAAAGGAGAAAGAGGAGCCAAAGGGGAGCAAGGAGAGCGAGGAGUGAGUGGGACCCCUGGGUAUCCAGGCAAGCCUGGGCUGCAAGGUGAAGCUGGAGCAAAAGGCAAUAAGGGCAGCUAUGGCUUCCCUGGACUGAAGGGACAAAAGGGCUCCAAAGGGGACACUUGUGAGAAUGGGACCAAAGGAGACAAGGGCGACAAGGGGGACAUUGGAGACCCAGGAGCGGAUGGAGAGCAGGGUGCCAAAGGGGAAAAAGGAGACACGGGGGAGAAGGGCUACUGCGGGGAGCCAGGGGGCAGAGGUGCCAAGGGGGAACGAGGGGAAGGGGGCACGAAGGGGGAAAAGGGGAACAAGGGGGACGUGGGGGCCGAGGGCGUGCAGGGGGCGGAUGGAAAGCAGGGCGAGAAGGGCGAGCAAGGAAGGAAGGGCGAGAAAGGGGAGGCGGGCUCCGCGGGCGCGACGGGGCCGGCCGGGCCCAAGGGGGCUGCGGGCAGCAAGGGCAGCCGCGGGGCGCCGGGAAAGAAAGGCUCCCGCGGGCCGAAAGGAGCCCGGGGAGAGCCCCCGAAGCCGCCGCGCUCGGCCUUCAGCGCCGGGCUGUCCAAGCCCUUCCCCCCGCCCAACGUCCCCAUCCGCUUCGACAAGGUCCUGUACAACGAGCAGGAGGACUACAACCCCGCCACCGGCAAGUUCAACUGCAGCGUGCCCGGCGCCUACGUCUUCGCCUACCACCUGACGGUGCGCGGCCGCCCGGCGCGCGUCAGCCUGGUGGCGCGCAGCAGGAAGGUGGCCAAGGCCAGGGAGACCCUCUACGGCCAGGAGAUCGACCAGGCCUCCUUCCUGACCGUGCUGAAGCUGAGCGCCGGCGACCAGGUGUGGCUGGAGGUGGCGCGGGACUGGAACGGGGUGUACGUGAGCGCCGAAGACGACAGCGUCUUCACGGGCUUCCUGCUGUACCCUGACCUCCUGGAGAUCCUGCUGUAG